AUGCGCGCGCAAACAGAAGAGAACCCGUGGGCAAAUGCCGAUGUCAGCUACACUUCAGCCGUGUGGGGAGACAAUGUCGCCGCCAGCCAAGUGUUCAUUCUUCCGACUUUUGCGUCUGGUGAAGGCACACGCCAACUUCUGUCCAUAACAAAGCAAGGCAUCAGCGACCUCAGUGUCCAAACCUGCGAACUCGCUCACGAAGCCAGGACUGCCGACCAUGAACAAUUCGCCAUCAAGUGCGCCGUAGUUGAUGAGCACCGUCACCAGCGGCGAGCACAGGGAUCUGAAUCACAGACUUCCGACGUGAGAGUGCUCUCAGCAAAAAUCUCCGCCUUGCGAAUCAUCAAAGAUUUCGAAUUUUACGCGGUGCUAGUUCAGCAGGCCCAUGGUGUUGCAGAGCAUUUGGUGGGCAAAUUCGAGCAGUUGCAAAAGGUGGCACAGACGGUGCUCACCGAACAAGAGGAAAACGGCACCAAUCUCGCAAAGACGCCCGAGGCUGUCAAAAAGCUCACAAUCAGCAUGAAAUGCGUGGACUCCAUCUGGGCCGACAUCAUCGCAUCAUGGAAAAAGCUCAAGAGAUUGGACAGUGGAAUUCAGAAGGGCAAGACGACGUUGCUGCCGCUCCGUGAUAACCUGAAGCUCAUCGGGAUUAACAUUAUGGGUGCAGAAGAGAGCGAUAACCCUGCACUAGAAGGAGAUCAAGAUAAUUCAGUCGCCGACAGCGAAGCCAAAGUUGUUCACAAAGCUUCCCUUGAGGAAAGCCCGAUGGAAGAGACGGGUGACACCACCGAACCGUCGUCAUCUAGCGGCCGCUCUCUCUCCAGUGCGGAUACCAUGGGAGCGCUGAUCGAAAAGUUUGUCGAGAAGUGCAUGAUCAGAGAUGCCCGACACUAUGCCAGCGAGGAUGGCAACGACGCGGAUCUUAGCACCCCAGCACUGAAAGAUUCGGAUUCCGACAAACCAAAUCCCGGCAGCGAGCUUGUCAACACCGAGGGCACCCAAGGGGAGGUGGAAGACGCCACUGUGGCUGAUUCCGGGGCAGAUGGCGAGGAAAUCGCAGAGUCGAGCGAAGGGGGUGAUGAGGACGACAGCGAUGAGCUCGAUAUCAUCUGCAGCGAGCCUUCAUCGCCGGCUAAGCCUGCGCCGGAAGAGCGUUAG